AUGCCUGUCACCCGUGCUGUCCUGCGGCAAUCGCAGUUCCUGACCCGGAGAACCGCCGUCAGACAUGCCUCAUCCACCUCGGAGGCUGCCUCCAAGGCCAGCGAGACUGCUUCCUCAGCAGCUUCCAAGGCCUCAGAGGGUCUCUCCAAGGUCUCUGCUUCCGCUGGUCCUGCCAUCUCCAACGCCGCCGUUGCCCUGCGCAAGAUCGGUGGUCCCGCCGGCAAGGUCAUCUCUUUCGUCGAUGCCAUGAUCCCCCCGACUCUCUACUACUCCAAGGUCGGCCUUGAGCUCGGCAAGCUGGUUUUCCGUGGCCAGAACAUGGCUCCUCCCAACCUUGCCACCUUCCAGUCCUACUUCCAGCCCUUCAUCAACAACCCCGCCGCCCUCAAGAACCUCCCCUCGCCCUCGAGCAUCCUCGCCCGUAUCCGCAACGCCAGCCCCAAGGAGCUUGCCUUUGCUGGUGUCACUGCUGCUGAGGUCAUUGGCUUCUUCACUGUUGGUGAGAUGAUCGGUCGCAUGAACUUUGUUGGUUACCGGGGUGAGGUUGCGCACGCGCACUAA